AUGUGCAACAAGUUUAGCAACUGCGGCAAUGGCGAUGGCGAUGACGAUGCCAACUUGAGCUCCAGCUCCGACUCCGCGGCCGUGGCAUACGCCUGUUUCUUCAAUGGCAUCGCGAUGCACACUCUAAACAGUGCCUAUUUACCGGAAAUUAUUGAGAAACUGUUCCUCAACACAAAGCCUCGUAUUAUUUUCUGCGAUGGUGAUGAGUACGAAAAAAUUCUUUCCGCUACCGCCAAGUUGAAUGUAAAGAUAGUGACAAUGCGGAAUCAUCCUGCCGGGGUGUUAAGUAUCCAGGAAGUUUUAAAGACGCCAGCGGAAGAAGGAUUCAAGCCAACUCCCCUAAAUCAAGGUUCCACCCAUCCAUUGGCUAUACUCAGCACUUCUGGCACCACGGGAACUCCAAAGGCAGUUAUUGUUUCCAACUGCCGAACCAUUCUCAGCGGCUUUACCCUACGAUAUUAUUAUUUUGGAGGUGGUCGAUGCACCGCGGAAGUGCAAAAAAGACUGCGCCAGAAAUUGGGAAAGGACAUCAUUCAAUUUUGCUAUGGAGCUUCGGAACUGGGUUCCCUCUACUGCGUCAACUGGCACUACGAUGCCAAGCCUAAUUCGGUUGGUCGUCCUAGUCCUGGCUACAAGGUAAAGAUACUCAACGAUCAAGGUGAUAAACUGGGUCCAAACGAGGAGGGCGAGGUGUUUAUUAACAAUGGAAGCUUUUGGCCCGGAUAUUACGCAAAUCCAGAAGCUACGAAGGGAGUUUACAAGGACCAUUGGUACCAAACUGGCGACCUUGGUUACGUGGACGAUGAUGGCUUUGUGUACAUUGUGGAGCGAAAGAAGGACCUGCUCAAGUACCACAGCAACAAGUACUAUCCCCAUGAUCUUGAGGAAUUAAUCUCCCAAAUGCCUGGUGUGGUCGAAGCCUGUGUCUUCGGCAUUUGGAAUGUGGAAAAUGGUGACGAGGCAGCGGCGAUUAUCGCCAAAAAACCAAAUGUUCAGUUAAGUGAAAAGGACGUUACAGAUUUUGUAGACCAGCAUGCUAGCACAAAAUUCCUCAGAUUGCACGCCGGUUGUCUAAUUGUUAACGAUCUGAAGCGAAGUCCCAAUGGAAAGACAAAUCGUGCUGCCAACAAGGAAUAUUUUAUUCGGCAGAAGGGUAUUAAGAUACAAAAACAAUAAAGGAAAUAUAUAUUUAAUGCGAUAUAUCGUUAUAUGGGUUUAACAAACUACACAGUAUGUGGCGCCCCCAUUGGCCGAAUUCGAAACUACGUUUCUACAUGUAGAAAUUAAAUGUAGAUAAAUUGUAGGUCCAAGUGGGUGGGCUACUGAGCGUUUUAGUUUGGGGUUUUGAAAGAAAUUUGGAAAUAUAAUUAAAGGGUUUGACACAGGGUUUCUAACUUGCAUCAUUAUAAAUAUUCUUUUAAUACAAAUUCUGCACUGAGCGAUUUCAGUGACACUUCCUUAUGUGGGUAUAACGCCUACAUUAUAAUAUUAAAUUUGGGGUAAGUAACGUUCCUAUGUUUGUAAUUAAGCUUUAAAAAUGAGAAAGCUAAAAAUACAAAUAAAUCGACCUUGAC